UUGAAUUCGAUUUUGUUGGCUACAGAAAAUUUGUCGGACAAGAUGGAAAUGUUGCUGCAAGAAUUCAAGGAUUUGAAACAAUAUUCCAUCGAAAAUAAAGCGAAAAUUUACGAAAUGCAUGAUUUAUGUCCAGUGAGAUACAACAACAAAUGCUUCUUUGGCAUAUUCGACUACGAUGCACACCCUACCUAUGAAAUCGCGGAGGUUCUUUGCGACGAAAAAGGCGCGAAAUUGGCAAACAUAUACUCUGAGGAACAUAUGGAAGCAUUAGGAAAUUAUAUCAGACCUUACAUCGUGCUCUCAAAGGGGAAAUUAUCUAGUAUACUCGUAUAUACAGGAAUGGAAUUUAACCCGGCAAUCGGAGUCAUCACUCUCACUGACGGCACUCAAUCUGACCUCGACCAUUGGCUCCCAGGACAUCCGAAAUACGAGAACCUGGCCGAACUACAAUGUUAUUGUAUGCAGGUAGACUUGGAGAUACACCCGAAGUAUCUAUUUUAGAUACAUAUACGUAUUACGGCAAAGAAGGUGCACUCUGCGAAAUAGAUCUUGCUUAACUCAGAUAAACUAUUGCUAAUAUAAUGAAUAAAUCGAGAAAACAUAUUAAUUCACGGCUCUAAAAAACUAAUCUAAUGAGUACAACCUAAUUUGUUAAAUCAAUUCGUCAUUUUAUUAAUUUACAGUCUGUUUUCAUUAUCUUGAUGCUGGGGUGUGCAACAGGCGGCUCGUGGGCCAAAACCAGUGACGCCAAGCUUUUAAUGUGGUCCUUAUCAACACUCAAUUUCCCCCCAUCAAGCAUAAAAUCCUAAUCCGAAAGUUUUAAAAGCCGCUCACAAACUAUGCGAUAACUCGGAAUUUCAAGCGUCGCACUGAAAUUUAUUUGGUUUAUUUUGUUGUUAUAUUUGGUUAUAUGGUUAAAUGUUUCAGAGAGAGAUUUGCACACCCCUGUCUUAAGGUGUUUGGGUUGGUGAAAUGGUGGGUAUUUGACUUAUUACUGUGUUUAGUUUUACGAUAGGUAAUCAGUGGUUCUCAAAAACUUUUUGUGUUGUCGCCCCUUUACAGUACUUUUAACAUUAUCAUCCCCCUUCCCCAAUACAAUGGAACGUAAAGUUUCAAACAAAUUUAUUGCAUAGCCGAAUCAACUAACAGCAGUAGACUAAUAAUGGUUCAUCGUGUUUUAAUAAGUUUAAACAUGUUCUUUUAAUAUUUGAAGACAUUUUGAUCAGGUGAAAUCUCAUCAUCCCGUCUGCUGAAAUAAAGACGAUUAUAGCGAUAUUAGAAAUCGUCAAAUCUGAAAUGUUCUUGCAACACCGCCCACUUUGAGAAUCGUUGGUCUAAAUAUUCAACUCUUACCAAAAUUUAUUAUGUAGCGUUUCUUGCUGCAAUGUUUGUGUUUCAUCAGUUUGCAAUGUUUGGUUAAAUCAGG